CUUCUCCCUCUCCUCUCUCCUGGCAGCAGCCGACACAGCCGCAGAGCGACCUGACUCAGGACAUGGGCAACAAAGCAAGCGGUUCUCCUGCCAGGCGGUGCGGCCGGGGCUCGGGCUGAGGCUCUGGGCUGCAGGGGGCCCCACCGGACCGGAUCACCGUUAAUCCUCUGACUCCGGCCUCCUGGAGGAUGUGAGGCGCUCUCUCUGGGGAAAAAGCUGCCGGUGCUGGAAGUUCAUGGCCAAAUGUAGAGCUUCGGUGGUCGACGACAAACACAUGAGAGGGACGAUGUCGGCCACGCAGGGGAUGAGCCGCACCAGCGUCUACAGCUACUUCCUCAACAUGGUGGCCUAUCAGAUUUGUUGCUGCUGUGGACCGGCUCCCUGCUCGCUCUGCUGUGCCUUCUGCCCUCCUGUCAAAUCGUCCACCAGCACACGGGUCAUGUACACCCUCUUCCACAUCAUGAGCUGCGCCGUUUCCUGCCUCAUGUUGUCCCGCACCGUCUCUGAGCUCGUCAGGGAAAAUGUGCCUUUCUUCAACGUGGUGUGCGACCAGGCGCACGGCGGAGGCCACUGUGAGAUGCUGGUGGGAUACUCAGCAGUCUACAGAGUCUGCUUCGGCACUUCCUGUUUCUACCUGAUGAUGGCGAUCUUCCUCAUCGACGUCAAGUCCAGUCAGGACUUCAGGGCGCUCAUACACAACGGGUUUUGGUUUUUGAAGUUCAUCACGUUGCUUGGGAUGUGCACUGCUGCCUUCUUCAUCCCGACGGAGUCCUUCCUGCACGCUUGGCAUUAUGUCGGUGUGGUGGGAGGGUUUGCCUUCAUCCUCAUCCAGCUCAUCCUCAUCACGGCGUUUGCUCACACCUGGAACAAAAACUGGUUGACCGGAGCAGCAGAAAACAAGCGCUGGUACCUGGCGGUGAUGUGUGCCACGCUCUUCUUCUACACCAUCGCCACCAUGGCCUUCACCUUCAUGUACAAGUACUACACACACCCCAUCGCCUGCCACUUCAACAAGGUCCUGCUGUGGGUCAACCUGGGGCUCUGCGGCCUCAUGUCCUUCAUCGCCGUCACGCCGUGCGUCAAGCAGAAACAGCCUCGCUCUGGGCUGCUUCAGGCCUCCAUCAUCAGCUGCUACGUCAUGUACCUCACGUUCUCCGCUCUCUCCAGCCGUCCGCCAGAGAAAGUGGUGUACCAGGGCAUGAACAUGACCGUCUGUUACCCCAGUGUGGGGCAAGAUGGGGUGAAGAACGAGGGCAACGCUGUGGCCAUCAUCGGCGCCGCCAUCAUGUACUGCUGCGUUCUGUUUGCCUGUAAUGAAGCUUCGUAUCUGGCCGAGGUGUUUGGUCCGUUCUGGAUGAUCAAAGUUUAUCGUUAUGAGUUCCAGAAAGCGACGUGUUGCUUCUGCUGCCCAGAGGAAGAAGCAGUUGAAGAUGAGUUUGUGGUUGAUGAUGACAACAAAGGCUGUCAGAAGGUUAUUCACAAUGAGACGCAGCGGGUGGCGUACAGCUACUUCUUCUUCCAUUUCGUCUUCUUCUUGGCAUCGCUGUAUGUCAUGAUGACCCUCACUAACUGGUUCAGCUACGAGUCGGCGGUGUUGGAGACCACCUUCACCCACGGCUGCUGGUCCACCUUCUGGGUGAAGAUGUCGUCCUGUUGGGCGUGCGUCAUCCUCUACCUGUGGCUGCUGCUGGGCCCGCUGUGCAGCUGCCAGAACGAGUCCAGGCCGCGCCGCUCCCGCAUCAAGCGCCGAUCCGCGUCCUGCCGCCACGUCAGCGUCAGCGUGUGACGCCGUCAGCGCCGCCCCAACGCAGCCGAAGACGAGUGGCGCAAAGUGGGUCGGCCGCGGCGCUCUGGAGGCCGCUGGGGUCAAAGACUCACAGAGUGAGAGUGAGAGUGAGAGCCGAGCGCCGGGCCAGAGGGACCGGAGCUACGCUCAACCACGAUCAGGGACGUGAUUGUGACUUUCGAACUCUCAGAAUGAAUUGCCAAAGGGAGCCGGAGGAGAGGACCAUACACUGAAAAAACACAAAAUCUUACCAAGUAUUUUUGUUUACUUUCUAGUGAAAAUAUCUUAGAACUCUUGAAAUAAAACAAAACUAACUUACAGGAAAUAGGAGCUUGUUUAAAGUCAAUAACUAAAUGUAAUAUUGAUGAAAGACUGCUAGUUCACUAAGAACAGGGUAAAAUGUCUUCUGCCAAUUGAACUAGUUCUUUUUUCAUCAAUACUAAGGAAUUAUUAACUUAAAGCAAAGUCCUAUAUCUUGCUGAAAAGUUACUUGUAAGUUAGUUUAAGUGUACUGAGAUAUUUGCAGUUGAAAGUAGACAAAAAUGCUUAGUAAGAUUUAGUGUUUUUUGUUUUUUUUGCAGUGUAUUUCUCGGGAUCUGAAAUAAUGUUUCAUAUCUUUACUGUGGAAAUGUGAUAGUAUUUUUUUAUGAUAAUUUUUUUCCAAUAUUUAGAUGUUUGCUGUAACAUGACAGCCGAGGAAGAAACUCCGACACUUCGCCUGUUUUAUUCAGCCUUUUUGUCCUCUGAUCAUCUGAUAAUGUAGAAAUCUUGUGAAAACCCAUUCCACCUCCUGCCACACGCUUCAGUCAUCAGAAAUGUAUUUUUAUUCCCUUACAUUAAGACAUCUGUUAAAACCUCGUCAGUAAAUACAACAACGUGUUUCUGUUUGUAUCCACUUUGCAUUCCAGCAAACCGUUUCUGAACAAUUUUGGGACGUGUGCGCUUCUUUUUACUGUUGCGUGAUUGUUGCAAUCCCAGUUUUUGUCACUAGAUGUCACUGUAUCAAACGUAAUGAGCAUUUAAAUGAGAAAGAGAGUAGAGAAUAUUGUGAGGAUAAGUUGCUUCAUUUGGAAAUCCCGUCACUCUGGUGGAAGAUGAUGUCUCAACACUAACAUGAGGCCGAGCGACACGGCUUAAAAAAUAAAAUCUCAAUUAGUUUUUUUAUACCAGAUCCAAUUUUCAAUUUUGUUUUUUAUUUUUUUAAUCGCAUUAUUUUCUGAAAAAGAAAUUUCACAGCACAGAGAAGAUUUUCAAAAAGUGGAUUUUAUUUCAAUGAGCUGUACGAUGGAGUAUUUAGGCUACAAUCAUUUUUAAUUUAUUACUAGAAAACAAUUACAAUAUUAGGAGAAUAAAGAAGCAAUUUUACUAGAAAAUAUCUUAAAAUGAUUUGAAAAAAGUGACUUGAAGGAGAAAAAAACUUUUUGUUUUAAUUUUUGUCAGAGUUCUUUUAAAGUAACUCAAUCUCCUGAUAUUACAACUCUUUUCUGGCAAUAUUAAGAUUUUAUUCUAAUAUUAUUUUGACUUUAUUGUCAUUUGACUUUAUUCUUGUAUUACUACAACUGUAUUCUUGUAAUUGUAAUGAGAAAUGAAAAACAUCUUAGCGUUGUAGAAAUGGACGUGCUAAAAAUUGAAAUCUCCAAAAACCAAAAAUUCAAUUAAUUGGUAAAAUCAAUUUAUUGCCCAGCCCUUACACUGAAACUCUUUUUGUUUUUCCAGAAGCGUUAAAAAUCUAGAAACAUUUAUUUUUAUGCUUUUAUUAAUAUUUUCAUGAUCAAUUGCAGGUUAUGGACAACAUAUAACCUGCCACUUUUUUCCCCUCAUACAAUAAAUUCCCAUCAGAAAUUUCAGCUUUUGAAUACAAACUGGAUGCAAAUUUAUUCAUGCAGCUCCUGGUCAAAAAUAGAAACGUUUCUGUCUAACAUCUUUGACUUUAAGCCAAAGAAAGCUCAUAUUUUUAAAUUAAACCUUAAAUUGUCCAGCAUCACUGGUCUGCAUUUAGUAAAACCUUCAGAGAUUCACCUGAUCGACAGAGAGGCAGCUAAGCGGAAACAGUAAAAUAAAAGUCAUGUUUGCGUUAAUAUUGCUUUAUAGUGUAGAUUUCAGUUUUAUUCAUUAUACAGACGGGAAAACUUUGUGUUUACAUAUAUUUUUACAACUGUAAAUGAAAAACUUUAUGAACAGAAUGAAUUGAAAAACAGUUUUUUAAGAAAUAAAAAUGAGCUCCAGAGGUAGAUUACACUUUUAUUGUUGUUUUGCCUCCUGAAUUUGUUUUAUUAGCAAAGCAGAAAAAAGCUUCUUUAUAGAAAUGUUCACACAGAAGUUACAGUCAACUGGUUUCGGUUCAUUUCUCCGUUCCUGAAAGGAAACUGAACCGAGUGUCUGCAAAGACCUUUUUAUUUUCCUGCUGAUGAGGAGGAGUCAGGCUCACAUGGGUUGAUUUUAGUCUUUUAUUUGUUGUAGAUGAAAAGCAUUUUUGUAAAUAAAAUGUUUUCAUAUGAUUGUUGACUCUGAUUUGAUGGUGGGAGUUUUGGUGCAGGUCCAAAAUCUCACAUUUACAACACAAAAAUAUCAACACAUGUUGGAUUUUCUGAAAAAAUAUUUGCAUUGGCACUCAAUACUUGUUUUUGUUAUUUUAGUAAAACAUUAACGCAGAGAAAGAAACACUUUUAGCACUGUUUUAAGAUGCUACAGAUCAAUAAAACAAGGCCCAACGUUGCACCCCCCUUUAGGAUAAUUAAUUAAUUAUGUGAUUAAAACCAUGCAGCUAAUCAGUGCCACACAAUAAAAAUACUGUAUAAUUAAAUAUAUCUCUCAUGUAAAACAUCAAAUAGCUCAACUUAUUCAAUGCAACACAGAAAAUAUUACUGCAUAAAAUAAUAUCACAAAUAAGCAAAAUACAGUUUGAACACCAUUACAUAAGUGAUGCAGACAUAAAGUGUUCAGAUUCAUACAAAAAUACACUGUGUACCAGAAAAACAUAAACUUAUAUUUCAUUUGUGGUAAAUCUCUUCAAUAAUACAAAUUUUUUUUAAACAGAAAUGUUCCAGAACGUGCCGCAGCUAGCUGCUAGCUGCGCCAGGCCACGCCCACACUUUACUAAAUGGUUGUUUCGUGUUUCGUCGCUGAAGAUAUGCCGUUCUUGAACUUGUAAAAAAAAAAAUGAAGCAAUGAUAGAAACUCUUAAGGCCACAAUGAGAAAAAGUUUUGACUGCUGGUUCCUCUGGUUAGACUGUAAAAAUCAGAAUAAAUGGAUUCAGUCUUUUAGACAAUCAUUCUCACAAUGAGGAAAGUUUGAGAUGAAAUCUGUUGAGAAUUAGUGAAAUAUUUAGUAAAAGAUGCGAUAAAUUGAUCUGUUUACUUUCAUAAAGAACCUCACUAAGGUGGAAUAAAAGUUAUUUUCUUGAGAAACUUCCAGGUCAUUUUCCUGAUUCUUAAAGAGAAAACUCAGUUAUAUUGAGAGGUUAUCAACAGUCAAUAUCUGACAUCAUCAUGAACGUUGAAAGAUUACAAGAUUUUUUUUUCUGUCAAUAAUUCAUUAAAAUUGAUUAACUGGUAGAUAAUUUCACUUAAAAUGUGGUAAAAAAUAUUUUGUUAAUUUCUCCAUUUAUGGAGCUGCAAAUUUCAAUCUGUGGAUUUUUUUGUGCUUUGCAUCUUCUGGGAUUCUUGGUUUAUUUCUCAGCAGCAUAGCUGUUUGAAUUUAACUUUUCCAACAGUUUUAUGCUGAAAAUAAAAUAAAAAUCAAGUACACUCAAUUGUGACCGUUAACCUGAGGUUAAAACGUCUCACAUUGUCAAAUUAAAAGACAUUUUAUAACCGCUGGCACCAGCACCUGAGCCUGUGUGAGAUUACAAAAAAAUCUGCAAUAAAAUCAUUUUCUGCACAAGUUUCUCUUUUUCAAGUAACUGCAGCUCAAUUCUUUAUAAUCAUUCCACAAAUAUAUCAAUAGAAGACCGAAGGGGACGAGUGGAGUCACCUGUGUCUCGUUUAGCCGUUUUAAAAGUGAGGUCAGUUUGCAAACUAACAUCCAUCAGAGAGGAACAAAGUUCAUUUCUACCAUGUUAAAGUAUCUCCAGCCUCAUGAAUGUCAGCAGAAACCUGUUUUAUAAAUCUUAAGUCUGUUCUUUGGCUUGAAUUAUCCAAAAUAAAAACUGUAUGAAAACUCCAGACUUAUCCUUAUUUACUGCUGCAACUUGUAGAAGUUGAGCUGCAGUCCUUCCUGUGACACAUCUGCAACGUGUCACAGGAAAGAAACCCAGUAAAAUUAAUUGCAGCUGAAUCUAAAAGUGGAUAACGAGAUGAAUCCUGUACAGAACGGAAACUAAGAGGUUGCUGUGGAAACCACUAGUGAGAAAAAGGUUGUUUUCAGUCACAACUGUCCUUCUCUUUGGUUUUAGUUUAAGGUGGGCGUCGUGUCGCACCCACCUAAAGUGCUUUAAAUAGUCUCUUAAAUAACCAUGCCGUUCGUUCUCUGCAUUCAGAAUGUGUCAGAUUUCCAGUGCCGGUCCAAGACUUUUCAGGGCCCUGAGCAGAUUUUUCUUUUGGGAAGGGCCCAUGCCUGCAUGUCAACAUCAGAUGAUUCUUUACUCCUGUGCUGCUAACAUUAGCAUCAUUUGUAAUUAGCUUACAUCACACCGGUGUCACUAUGGCUGUUGAUUUUAACCUUACAGGAGCAGCAAACAAAAAAUUAUAUGGACUUUGAAAUGCAUAGUUGUUCACUGCAAAAACACAAAAUCUUACCAAGUAAUUUUUGUCUGAUUAUUUUACUUUUUUCCCAUUUUACAAAUGAAACAAUCAGCCAAUGGACCAAGUAAUUUUUCAUCAUUAUUAAGGCAUUAUUGAGUUAAAACAGUCUCCUAUAUGUUGCUGGAAAGUUAGUUUUGUUUUAUUUCAAGUGUUCUAAGAUAUUUGCACCAGAAACUAAAUCAUAAAUACUUGGUAAGAUUUUUUGCUUUUGCGGUGUAUUGAAGUGUGUCUUAAAUUUGAACUAUUUAAAAGUAACUUCAGCUGACAAACACUACAUUUACAGUAAACAAGUUGACAAAUUUAACUUUAUAUUUCCCCAACAGAGGAAGCAGAAAAAAGGACGAUAUUAGAAAAAAACUAUUAUUUUUC